GUUGUUGCCCGUGCAGUUCACUGGUUACCUCUUGAGUGCUUUCAUUGCUUAUUCUUCUCUUUCGACAGCCGCAGCAACGUCAGUUGUUACACUUACGUUGUAAAAUAACGUUGCAUUGUGAAUUUUAUUAAAUCGUGGUUUUUUUAAAAACUCAAUCAAGAAAUAAUGGCACGUACAAAGCAGACAGCCCGUAAAUCAACCGGAGGAAAAGCUCCGAGAAAACAAUUGGCAACAAAAGCCGCCCGUAAGAGCGCACCGUCCACUGGUGGAGUUAAGAAACCUCAUCGUUACCGCCCAGGUACCGUCGCUCUUCGUGAAAUCAGAAGAUACCAGAAGUCUACUGAGUUGUUGAUCAGAAAAUUGCCCUUCCAACGAUUGGUUCGUGAAAUCGCUCAGGAUUUCAAGACCGACUUGCGUUUCCAGAGUGCAGCCAUCGGCGCUCUUCAGGAAGCUUCUGAAGCUUAUUUGGUUGGUCUUUUUGAAGACACUAACUUGUGCGCUAUUCACGCCAAGCGUGUCACCAUUAUGCCGAAAGACAUCCAAUUGGCUCGACGAAUCCGUGGUGAACGUGCUUAAAUUAAUCAAGCUCCAAUAAAAAUUGUAUUGAAUAUUUUAACAUUUCACAAGCGUAAUAUUAAUUAUCAUCUUUCUAUUAUGAUUCACUUUAUCAUUUUUGAUGAAUUCAGCAUUGUUGUUUCCAUAAUUUAUAGUUGCUAAUUUACAUUUGGGAAAAAAAAUAAUAGAUAAAUAUUUAUUAAUUUAAUAGUCAUCACUGCCAAACACGUAUCAAUCGGUAUAAAGUUGAAAAGAUGAACCAAAAAUUGAGUUUAAAAUUAAGUUUGAUACAAAGAGUAAUAUAAAGCAAAAAAAAAUUUUUAAAAAUGGUUUUAUCUUAUAAAUUAAGAAAGAUUCAAUGAAAAAAAUUGAAUUAAGUAUAAGUGAUGAAUAUUAACAGCCAGAGAGAUUCGAAAAAUUGAAACUUUUACGUGUCAGACAGUCAUGACAUUGCUUUUUAUUAGUUUCACAAUGCAAUGAACAAUUCACUUUUUUAUCUUUUUUGUUUUUUAAUUUUAUUAUGCACCAAUUAUUAACCGAUUAAUCAUUAAAAUUGAUGGUAAA